AUGUUAGUUCAAGGUAACAACAGCAUUGCAGGAUAUUUUACCGCACUAAAGAAACUAUGGGAUGAACUUGACUCUCUCAAUUCUCAUUUGGUAUGUACUUGUGACUGUGUUUGUGAUGGAAGGAAAAAGGUCACUAAGUUCUUAGAGGACCAAAGGACUAUUCAAUUUCUAAUGGGACUCAAUGAUUCCUACUCCCAAGCAAGAGGAAAUAUCCUAAUGAUGAACCCAUUGCCUGGAAUAGAUUUUGCUUAUUCUCUUCUUCUUCAAGAUGAGAAUCAGAGAGAGAUAUAUGCAAGACCACAAUUUAAUGGUGAUGCUACCUCAUUCAUGGCAGGAGUACAAGGGAAAUUACCACAAAGAAACAACAAUCAAUCACAACAAAGGACAUGGACCAGCUCACAAAAGGUUAAUGGCACACAGCAGAAAUCUAAGGGAAGAAAAUCAAGGUUUAACCCUAAUGUGAGCUGCACACAUUGCAUGAAGACUGGGCAUGUCAGGGCAGAAUGUUAUAGGCUGAAUGGAUUUCCAGAUGACUUUCAAUUCACUAAAUCAGCACAAGUGAAGGCUAAUGCUACAAUUGAAGGACAAGAUAAUGAAAAUGGGAGCACUCAAAGCAAUGAAUCAACGCUUCAAACUCAGUUUUUCAAUAAGGAACAGGUCUCUGAGUUAAUGAACCUUAUCAAGCAGGCACAAUUUGGAAAUACCACAGCUCCAGGAACUGCAAUUAAUGCAAAUGCAGUAGCUGGUACCAUUCUUAAAUACUCUGGAACUUGUUUGGCAGCUUUUAACACAAAAACAUGGAUCAUUGAUUCAGGGGCUUCUGAACACAUGUGUUUUGAUUCGAGUUGUUUUUUAUCUUUAAAUCCACUUUAUGUUCCUAUAGACAUUAGCCUUCCUAAUUCAUUUCAAUUGUAUGUCACACACAUAGGUAGAGUUUCUAUUCAAUCUGAUAUGAUUCUUGAAAGGGUCCCUUUAAUGAGGAGGGGACAAGCUUUUGGUGAAUUAAGAGGAGGAUUGUACCUGCUGGAUCCUAGUCCAACUAAGAUAGUUUAUGAUUCCAGUUCAAGUAGCAAUGUUUUAAUUCCAAAAGGAAGUAAUUCCAGUCUUGUUCCUAGCAAGGUUUCCUGUUCUGUUUCUAAUUCCUAUACAGAGAACUCUAAUUCUUUCUUAAUUAUGGUAGAGAGACGGUUUGGAAAGAAAGUAAAAAGAAUCAGAUCUGAUAAUGCAAUGGAAUUGGGUAAGGGAUUCUUUCAAUCUAAUUUCUUUCAGUCUCAGGGUAUCCUACAUGAGACUUCAUGUGUGGCAACACCCCAGCAGAAUGGAGUUGUUGAAAGAAAGCAUAGGCAUCUUUUCGAAGUGGCUAGGAGUUUGUAUUUCCAUUCACAAGUUCCUCUUCAAUAUUGGGGAGAAUGUGUUUUGACUGCUACACAUCUAAUCAAUAGGUUUCCUUCUAGAGUUCUAAAUGGAAAAACUCCCUAUGAGAUUUUGUUUAAGAGGACACCACAAUAUGAACAACUCAAAUCCUUCGGUUGCCUAUGCUAUGCAUCUACUCUCUCACAACACAGAAGCAAAUUUGAUCCCAGGGCCCAAGCUUGUGUGUUUCUGAUAUGCACAACAACAAAAAGGAUACAAAUUGCUAGAUUUGCAUUCCAAGAAAGUUAUUACCUCAAGAGAUGUUAA